UUUUUUUCAAAUCGACCAAUUGUCGGAUGUAAUUGAUAGCACGCGAAAGAACAACUCAGUGGAUGCCCCUAUUGUUUUAUCAUCCAAUCACAAUAAAGCCUUUAAUUUCACGUGACCUCUGUCCCAGGUUCAAGUAACGCCUGUAUCUAACGGUAGUAGCUCUUCACUUUCUGUAACGUCUAUUUCUCUCUAUAAUUUCUCCUCUUUACUUUCCUUAAAUAUCUUCACUUAGAGUAGGAACCUUUUUUUUCAUUUCUCUACUGUCUAGAAGUAAUUAUGAGGAUUAGAACUAGAAGUAUUUGUACUCGACGGACUAGAAGCUCACUGAGAGCGCGUCCACUCCUGACUCUGCCAGAAGAAGUCAUUUUGUUAAUCUUAAAAUUCUUACCUGCUAAAGAUCUUACAAACUUAAGACUGGCAUGCAAUAGCUUGAAAACACUUAUUGAUUGUUCGUCUUCUAUAUGGAGGACUGUUUCUUUCCCUGGAAUUUGGCCUUCACGAAGAAAUCUACAUGUGUUGGAAAGAGCAUCAAACACUGGAAAUAUAGAAGCUUCAAUUAAAAUAGGACUUGCUCAUCUAUACAAUGAAGGAAUUACUGAUAAUAAAGUAAAUUCAGUCAGCAAUGCUCAGCAAAAUGGCAAGAGAGCUGCAGAACACUUCUGCAAAGCUGAAAGAGCUUCAGUAAAUGGUGACCCUUUUAUAUGGUUCUUUGUACGUCCUCCAUGGGCCCCUACUGGAGUGUGUUGUAAAUCCUGUGUCUUUAAAAAUAUUGUUGAAUUCUGUUCUGUUUCGGAGCCUAAUGAUAGCCUUAACAAGUCUUUGUUGUACUGCAUUGGAAAAAUCACAAGCUUACACAUAGAUGACAAUAAAAAGGAAGGAAGCAUGCAAUGGCUACAAAAUGCAGCAUCUUUGGGAUCUUCUCAUGCUGCAUAUGAAAUUUGGAAAAUGAAGUCUGCAGAACGGUUAAUGGAACCCUCGUUGAUGUUACAGAGUGUUAGAGAAUUACGUGAUAUAGCAAGCAGUGGGAACAUUGAUGCUCAGUUAAACUUAGCCAUGCAAUAUGCUUCUGGUAAUCUAGGUGGGGCAACAAAAGAACAAAUAGCUGAAUUUAUACGACAGUUUGUAUCAAGGUCCAAACCAACAAGCACACACAAGCUGUUUUCUUUCCAGACUGAACUAAAUAGCACCAUGAGAUGCAUCCUAGUUGACUGGCUUGUUGAAGUAGCUGUGAUGAAGGAUUUCCCCAGUCAAGUAGUACAUAUAGCUGUAGCUUGUGUUGAUCAGUUCAUAAUGAGUAGAACAGUUCAAAGAUCUGAACUUCAGUUAUUAGGCAUAACAUGUAUUUUAAUUGCUGCAAGAUUUCAAGGAAAGGAUAUUGUUACUAUUAGAGAAGCUGCAUGGCUGACUGACAAUACAUACAAAUAUGAAGAUGUUGUCAGGAUGAUGGGAGAAGUGAUGGCAUGUGUACGAGGACAAGUCAGGGUUCUCACUAUACCAGACUAUCUCUCCCUGUACUCAAGUCUUAUUGCUCUUGACAAGACUACUGAUUGUUUAGCAUCUUAUAUAGCUGACUUAUCCAUACUACAYACUGAAUUUGGAAGAUUUUCACCAUCCAUCCUUGCAGCCUCUUGUCUAGUUCUUGCAAGUAUUCCAAGUCGUGAUGAACUUUUAAGCCUUAUUGUUCCUCUYUGCAUUCGCCUGGAGCAACAAAACCUCAAGCUUAAGACUUCUAGUGACAGUCUAUUAGAUGUCAGUUUUGGGUGCCUCUCUGAGAGUGGUUAUGAUGGUGACCUAGAGGAUGAAGGUGAACAGAUGAUGGAUGAAACCACAGAUGAAAGUGAAUUUGUAGAGAAAGACAGCAUGCUUAACAGACAACAAGGGCAUGCRUCUUUCAUUUCAGAUGAACACUCAAGAUCAACUUCCACACCUAGUAUUUUUAGACAGAAAGCAUUUUUCAAUGACAAUGAAGAGGAUAUGGACAUUGAACCACCAAUUGCCAUAGGCAACAUGAUUGACAGUGCUAAUGAUGUGUACAUCCCAGUUGCGAGACAACCUCUGAAAGAAGUWGAAAACAAUCUAGAACAACCAUAUACCAACAAAAUAAUGAAACCUAAAUCAAGACGAAAGGAGUGUCCUCUUCGAACAAGGAGGACUAGAGGCAAAAACAGUAUUUAAAACUCACAAAUUCAAAACUAUAGAAAUUUUGGAAUAUUGAAACUGCAUCUAUUCCUAAAGAAACUACUUACAUAGCUACAUAUAUUUACAGAAAGGUCAUGAGCUGUCGAAUAAUUAAGAAAAAACWACAAAAUAUAUUUUAUACCAAAACUAUACUCAGAAAAGACACUUUAUAAUAAUUAGAAAUAUUGUUCGUGUUAGGUUUUAAUGUACAGUCAGAUUAAGACCAUCACUCCUACUUUCAAGCUAUACAUACUAAAUUAAUUUGGUAUAUAAACAUGUACAGUCUGAUUACACGAGACCUUUACUUAUUUUCAUAYAUACUAAACUGAUAUGUAUAAUAUGCUUUUAUCCAUGUUUUGGAAUUUACAAUGCAGGCCAUAAAAGAAGCUAUUAAGGCACAGCAUAUAGAGACAUUAGUAAACAACAACUUAUGGAAUCUAAAAUAUUCUACAUUGGUCUAUAAUGUUGCUUAAAAUGCACAUGUUAAUAUUUAAAAAGAUAUUUAUACAAACA